AUGGAAGACUCAAGCUUUAAUUCGUAUGAUUUAUCUGAUUUAUCUCGAAGUAUUUACAAAAAUGGUAGUAUCAACUUAUCAAUAACGGCAGAUUUUGAAAAGAUGCGAAUAUCUGCUCUUACUAGAGCUGCUGAAAUCAGUCCACACGUAACAGAAGUUACUAUUGGCCCAAAAAGUCCAAAGAAGAAAGAAAAAUCUAAAGUAAACCAAGAUUUGGUCCCUGAUUCAAAAGAAAUGUUUAAUCUAUUAGAAGACAAAUUAGGCGAGGAUCUCCGAUACACAUUAAUACUUAAAAAGUAUGAAAACGAAUUAAAGGAAACAUCUGAAAACCUUGUUAAGAACCUUAUUGAAAAUAUGGUCACCACUUAUUCUGAAACCAUGAAGAAAUAUGUAAAGAAGCAUAAUGAAGAAUGUAAACGAAAACUAUUGGAACUUAGAGCUAAAAAACUGCAAAUGGCUAAACUUUUAAGAGACAAUGAUAAUGUUUUAGUAUUAGAAAAAGCUAAGCUGGAUGAGAAGCAAUGUGAAAUGAUAAACCAACAAACAUUAGAUAAUAUGAACAGAGUGUUAGAGGAACAGAAGAAAGCUGCAAUAGUUGAUAGUCACUUAAAAAUAGGCAUCCAUUACAAUGAUAUAUCAAAUCUUGCCAAUUCAGAACCACUAGCAAACGAAAUUUUAGAAAAAUAUAUACACUCGAUAAACUCAGUUAUUGCAAACAUCAAUUCAUUAAUGACUCUAUGUAAAACGGGACCCGUAACUGAUAAAGAGGUAAAGCAAUCUGAAAUUUUGGCGGCAAACCUCGAAAAUUUAAAGAACAAAUUUGUCAAUGAAGUAGAAAAGACUAAAGAGGAAGUUAUGAUAAAAAAACAAAAGGAACAAGAAUUAUUAUUAGAAAAGCAAAAAGAAGAAGAGGCUAAACGGAAACAGUUAGAAGAAAAAAGGGCUCAAGAAUUAAAAGCAGCUGAGGAAGCUAAAAUUCAACAAGCUCUUCUAGAUCAAUCUAAAAGGGCACAGUCCAUGUUUUAUUCAGAGAAAAAUUAUGCACACUACACGGAGUUAAGGGACUUUCUUGACAAGUAUGAAAAUUCAUACAAAGAUUUGCUACAAGACAAUAAUUGUAAAAAGUUCAGAUUUGAUUGCCAGAAAGCCGUGAACACACCUGUUAAUGCACUUUCAUCUGUGAGUGGUGUACACAUGAGAGACAAGUUUGAUAAACUAUCGAAGCUUCUUAGAGGGGAAAGAGUUCAAGUUUUGGACACAUUUGUCACAGCCACUCAGCACCCACAAGGAUUACCAUAUUGCACAGCUCUGUUGGCAAAGAAGAUUGUGAGGCAAGGAGACCUUUUGGUCUCAAGUAAUCCCGAUGCUGCUUUUCCUUUGGCCGCUGUAACUGUUGCUUUGUGGUCUCAGUUCCCAGAAUUUGGUAAACUACUUGAAGCUUACUUCCAUAGAUUCUGUCCCUAUUUAGUGCCAAUGCUUCUCCCUCAGAAGGAAGGUCAAACUGACAAAGAGUUUUAUAUAUCUCGAGGAUAUACCUAUAAUGAUGAAGGUGUUGUUGAAAAACAGGAUAAAUUCUUGAGAAGAAUGUCGGGUAUAUUCAGGCUUAGAUGUGCUAUGUGGAUAACAAGUACACCGAGAUUCCUGAAUGUUUCCAAUCCAAAUGGAAUGGGAUUUUCUUGGAGAUGGCUGGCUUCUUUCAUCAAUCUUAAGCCCGAGCCAGACAUAAGUGCAACAUUACUGCAUGACUUUUUCAUAGUUUGCGGUUCAAAAUUUUUAAAGUUGUAUGGCAAACAGUGUGUGAAAAUAAUAAAAUUGUUAAGCACAGAAUAUUUAAGUAUAUUACAAAAUAUUGAUGAAGGUGGACCCAAGACAAGAUUAGAAGUUUUUCUACAGAAUGUCAUAAAAUCAGGUCACAUAGAACCCCCAAGUGGAAUACUACCACCCAAUAUUUGGUAA